CCGCGCAGGGCAACAGGUGACUAGUUGUGUGACGGGCGGCAGCUGGGCAGGACAUGUCCCAGCAGACCCUGUGGCAUACGUUGUCCAUCCUUCUCCCCGGCGUGGAUCUGGCCUCAUAAGGAUGCCGUUCCCUCCCGGCUUUGACACGUUUUCACUUAACCAAAUCCUUAACACGUAAGGCGAGUGCAUCUGGCGCCAUGUUCUCAGGCCGGACAGACAAGCGGUGCUUCUUCAUGUGUUUGGCUGCCUCUCAGCUGCUGUUCAUCUUGCUGUUGUAUCGGCGUGGAGCCUCCAGCAUGUUUCAGGGAAUUUUCGGAGCCUACUCUGUAUGGGAUUAUUCGAAAACCCAGGACGUCUACACCAACCUGAGCCUAUUCAUUCCGGAUCCCGAAGCUGUGAAGACUCAGUACUGUCCCGUCAGGUCUCCCAUACUUGUUGGUCCUUUAACCAUAACGCUCAACAAGCCGCCAAGUUUGAAGAAGAUCCAGAUGAAGAACCGCUAUGUGACGUCUGGAGGUAGCUUCAGCCCCAGGCACUGUUUUGGAAGGUACCGCACAGCUGUAAUUAUACCACACAGGAACAGAGAGUCUCACCUCCGAAGCUUGCUCUACUACCUUCACCCCUUCCUGCAACGCCAACAGCUGCACUACACGAUAUUUGUGGUCCAUCAGGCGGGGAACGCAACAUUUAACCGUGCUAAGCUCCUCAACAUCGGCGUAACAGAAGCGCUGCGCUACGACAGCUGGGACUGUUUAAUCUUACACGACGUUGACCUCGUUCCGGAAAAUGACUACAAUCUGUACAUAUGCGACGAUCAUUACCCCAAGCAUCUCUCCAGCGCCAUGGACAAGUUCAACUACAUCCUGCCAUAUUGGACAUAUUUUGGAGGAGUGUCUGCACUUACACCAGAUCAGUUCAUGAAGAUGAAUGGAUUCCCGAACACAUACUGGGGCUGGGGAGGAGAGGACGAUGAUAUCGCCAUGAGGAUUCGCCUCUCGGGGAUGAAAAUCACUCAUACGCCUUUAAGCCUUGGCCGAUAUAAAAUGAUCCCACAUGACCGGGACUCCGGCAAUGAGGAGAACUCUUACAGGCAUAAUCUGUUAAGUAAAACAAGAAAAACCUGGAGAGAAGACGGCAUGAACUCCAUGGCUUUCCGCCUGCUUUCCAGAGAGAAGGCUGAGCUCUACACCAACCUCACGGUGGACAUCGGUGAAACUCCGGUCAUGCCGACCGACGCCAGAAAGUGGGGUUUUUUCUAGCCCUUGGUCAUGGGCGGACUGAACUAUAGAGAAGCAUCCAGUGAUAUGGCUGCAGACCUGCAGUCUCUUCUCCAGUCCCUAUGCAUUCUGUAAAACCAUGAGACCUGUAGUUUCCAUUGUGACCAGUAGAGGUCACUGUGUGAACCGUGAGAUGCUGGAAUGAAACGACUUGGCCCUGACCGGUCACCCGCCUGAAGUGGCAGUCACAUUCUGACCAGGGACACAGACCAAUCACAUGAUCGUCAGUAUGUACGGAAUAGGGGAGCACAGACGCAUGGUCCCAGCAAAAUUAAUGGGUUUAUGGACUUUGUGUCAGUUGAUUUGUUAACUGCACAUCUUGAUUCACAAACUGCUGCUUUUUUGCUCUAUUAGGAAAUAAGAGCACUUUUUUGGUAUCCUCCCCGUUCUUUGUGUCGUCCUCUUAAAGGCCAGGUCCACCUUCACAACCAUUUAUCGCACCAAUGCAUUGAUAUUGGGAAAGGAAGUAACUUUGCGAUGGCUCUUGAUUAAAAAUCUCCUAUCAUUUUCUUUAUACAGCACUUCUGCAAACCAGUGCGUCUCCAUGGUAACAGACAACAGAGCCCCGCGUAGUCGGAUCCUGCAGUCACACUUUCUUAGCCUCUUGGUAACCUGCUGAUUGUAUGUUGGCAUAAAUUUGAGAAUAGAUGGAAGAAGUGUGACCGCAGGAUCAGACUACAAGGGGUUGGUCUGUUGUCUGUUACCAUGGAGAAAUAGGUCUGCCUAGGAGCUGUAGACACAGAACAGGAAGGUUUUUAAAUCAAGUCCUAUUGCAAAAUUAUUUCACAUUUUUAUUUUUCAUUUUAAAUGCAAUGGUACAAUAAAACAUUGUGAAGGUGGACGUAGGAGUAAAGUAUUGAUGAUCUAUCCACAGGACAGGUCGUCGGUAUCGGAUCGGUGAGGAUCCGGAGAAGCUCUGGCGAGAGCUGCAGCCUCGUCCUCGGCCGGGUCAUCAAUCACGUGACCUAGAUGCAGCUCAGUCCCAUUCCAGUGGAUUGGACUGAGCUGCAAUACCAAGCACAGCCACUAUACAAUGUGUGGUGCUGUGCUCGGUGAUCCCAUCAGAGUCAGUGCGGUUGGCGCUGAACGGCCGGAUCCGGUAAACUCUGAUGGGCUGUUCCUCUGCAGGAUCCUCACCUUGUAAAUCCCUUUGCUGCUCCGGUUGUCCCGCCGACCCCUGACGAGUCUGCAGCGUUUUACAGUAGCAGCAAAGUGGAUGAGAUUUUUACCUGAUCGCAUCCACAUUCCUGUCGGUUUAUGUUUGCAGUGAGUGCUUGGGGUGAAACACAUGGUACAUCCGCACCGAAUGCAGGCAGAUUUCGCCAUUGUCUGGCUGUAAAGACCUUCUUUUUUUUUUUUUUUUUUUUUUUUUUUAUUACAUCCCACAUGGUACUGCUCUUUUUCUGAAUAAAAAAUAAAAUUAUCCAUUUAAAAGGGAUUGUCUCACUUCAAAUUUAUCAUGUAGAGAAAGUUAAUACAAGGCCCUUCCUAAUGUAGUGUGAUUCUCCAUAUUGCUUCCUUCGCUGGCUGGAUUCAUUUUUUUCCAUUGCAUUAUACACUGCUUGUUUCUAUGGUUACGACAACUGCUGCAGCGCAGAUACCAGGUGGCCAGGACGGGGACGGUUGUGCAUGCCUAUGUGAGCCUCCCACAGUCCCAGCCACCGGAGACCCUGGCACUCUUUCCUAUAGCACGACCACCGCUGUGGGAUUGUAAGGUGGUCGUAAGCAUGAAAAAUGGGAUGCAAAAAUGAAUCCAGGACAGCAAAGGAAGCAAUAUGGGCAGUCACAACACAUUAGUAACUUUCUCUACAUUAUAAAUGCUAUUUCCUGAUGUGGGACAACCCCUUUAAGGCAGUGUUUCCCAACCAG